AUGAAAGAGUCAAAAACAAAAAAUUUACAUCAAACAUUUGGAAAGGCAGAUAGAUUCCCUAAAUUGAAGUUCUACAGUGAAAACAUAAAUCUUAAUGAAAUACUCCCAAUAUUAAAAUCUCGUGGACCUACUUUUCCUAAGGGUUAACGAAUUAUGUUUAGUAGGAACUCUCAAACUCCUGGACCUGGAAACUAUAACAUAAUUAAAGUUAAAGUUUUUAAAAGUCCACCUAAACAACCAUAUAAAGUGAACAAAGAAUUUUUAGAUUAUAUGAAUUCUAGACCUAAAUCUGUUUCUUAUAAUAUUCCAGGACCAGGGGCUUAUUAUUUAGGCUCUACAUUACGAAAAAGAGGAAUUUCAUUCACUAGAGCUAGAACAGGAAGUAUGAGCAUUACUUAAUCUCCUGGUCCUGGGUAAUAUACUAUUAGUAGGCCAAUUUCUAGAGUUUAGUGA